AUGUCUCUAAAGGAUAAUAUUAGUGACUUACAAUCUCAAAAAGAAGAGAAGAUGGAAGACCCAGAACAGGGUAGCGAAGUGAAGCAAAAAUACGACGAAGGAGACGCUGGCGAUGGUAGCAAAAGGGAAGAUCAUUACUUAAAAGGAUCAAAACUAGCCUUCGCUUUACUUUCAAUUUAUCUUAUGCUUUUCCUUUAUGCGUUAGAUCUGACAAUAGUAUCAACAAUAAUCACAGAAGUUAGUAACAAAUUUGACGGAUUUGACAAAAUAGGAUGGCUCAUAUCAGGAUACAUGUUGACUAUGAGCGUAUUCAUUUCUACAUGGGGAAAGCUUUCAAUCAUAUUUGGUAGAAAAUAUGCAGCUUAUGUCGCAAUUGUUCUUUUUGAGGCUGGCUCCUUGAUGUGUGCCUUGGCUAACAGCAUGAAUGUGUUGAUUGGAGGUCGAGUAUUCGCAGGUGUGGGUGCGGGAGGAAUACAGGCACUAAGCUUCAUUAUAGUGACUGAAAUCAUUCCAAUGGAAAAAAGGCCAUUAGCAUUGGCAGGAAUGGGUGCAACUUUCUCUGUAGGAAGUGUUGCAGGGCCACUAUUGGGAGGAGCCUUUACGACUCACGUUACAUGGAGGUGGUGUUUUUAUAUCAAUUUACCUCUAGGUGGAGUAUCACUCUUGUUAUUAUUUUUUGCAUAUAAUCCUCCGAAACCUGUUGGAAAUUUGAAACAAAAGUUAUUGAAAAUUGACUAUCUAGGAGUAUUCUUGUUGACCGCGGGUUUGGUGCUCUCAUUACUAGCAAUUACAUUAGGUUCUGGAAAUAAAUAUGCUUGGAAUUCUGCCGCUGUAAUUUGCUGCUUUGUUUUCGGUGGUUCAACUUUAAUAAUGUUCUUUAUUUGGAAUUUUAAAUUUUCACCAAAUCAAAUAAUUCCUUAUGAAGUCGUGGCCACUUAUCAAGUGAUUGCUGCCUGUUUUACUGUUGGAGGAAUGUACGGAUCAUUUAUGGGAUCCUAUAUAUAUCUCGCUAUCUAUUUCCAAGUGAUUAAAGGAAAAAGUGCAUGGAUGUCUGGAAUAGAUCUACUUCCCAUCAUAGUACCUAUGGUUUCAUUUACCGUGAUUACUGGAGUCCUCAUUAAAAAAACAAGGUUAGUAAAACCGUUCAUAGUUUUCAGUAGCAUAAUCUUUCCUGUGUCCGUUGGAAUUAUGUCCCUUUUAGAGGCUGACCUGUCUAAGUCUAAACAAAUCGGGCUAUUAAUACUUAACGGGGUGAUCGGAGGAAUACAGUUUCAAUCGGGAUUAAUGGGGGUACAAUUGGCGGCACCAAAAAUUGCUGGCGGGGCAAUAACUGCUAUAACGUUUAAUAACUUUUUAAGAACAUUUAUGGGUACCAUAGCUUCUGAAUUGGCAAACACUGUCUUUAAUUCUUCUUUUAAAAAUAAGUUUAAGAAUGCUGUUAUGCAUCUCCAAAAUAGUAGUAUAAAGAAGGAGCUCGCGACUAUGAGCGCUUCAAAACUUACUACUUCUGCGAAGUCGAUCGAAUCACUCUCACCACAAGCUCAAAGAAUAGUGAAAGAUUUAGCCAUGGGGGCAAUAAAGAAUGUAUUUUAUAUGUGUCUUGGAUUUGCAGCCAUUUCUACUAUUUCCAGUCUCUUUGUAACGAAUGCAAAGGUUCCGGAAGAUAUAAAAGAUGAAUAA